AUGGCCCGGUUCCCCGGCGAACAACUUGAACUUCAGGUUUACAACAACAGGCAAAAGCGGCUCGAUGACGUCAAAAAUUCGGAGCAGCUCUGGAACCAGGUCUGCACUGCCCUUGCCGACGAAGUCCGGCGAAUAGAGUUCAUCGCAGCCAUAAACUUCAGCAAUAUACAUGGUCUUUCUACCAACAACUUAGAUCGCUCGUCCCCCUCCGACUUCAACGGCGAGUCACCCUCCGACUUCAACGAUGAGUCCCCCUCCGACUUCAACUACGACGAGGCCCCCUCCGACUUCAACAACGGGGAGACCCCCUCUGACUUUAAUAACGGGAAGACCCCCUCCGACUACGGGGAGACACCCUCCGACUUCAACAACGGGGAGUCCCCCUCCGACUUCGACACCGAGUCCCCCUCCGACUCCAACACCGAGUCCUCCUCUACACCAAACGGCGCGCCCCCCACCGACUUCAACACCGAGUCUUCCUCCACACCGAAGGGCAAUCCCCCCUCGGACUUCAAUAAUGGCGAGUCCCCCUCCGACUUUAACAACGGGGAGUCCCCCUCCACACCGAAAGGCAAUCCCCCCUCGGACUUCAAUAACGGGGAGCCCCCUUCCGACUUCAACGGCGUGCCCCCCUCCAACUUCGACAACGGGGAGUCCCCCUCCACACCGAAAGGUAAUCCCCCCUCGGACUUUAACAACGGGGAGCCCCCCUCGGACUUUAAUAACGGGGAGCCCCCCUCCGACUUCAACGGCGUGCCCCCCUCCGACUUCGACAACGGCGAGUCCCCCUUCGACUCCAACAACGGCGAGUCCCCCUCCGACUCCAACAACAGCGCGAACCCCUCCGACUCCAACAACAGCGCGGACCCCUCCGACUUCGACGGCGCGGAUUUCUUUGACUUCGACGGCGCGUCCUCCAAAUUGAACGACGCGUCCAAUAACGCGUUCGACGAAGCGCUCUCCUCCAUAUUCAACGAGGCGUUCACCUACCAAUUCGACGGCGUGCCCCCCUCCGCACCAAGCGGCGUGUCCGGCCCCGGAGUAAACGACGCGUCCAGCCAGCCAGAGGUUAUUGCGACUCCCGAUGACGAUAAUGAAGGCCCGCCAGGUGAAAACUCGCCAGAUCAGCAGUAA